GGCAUACUUGAUUUAGAGUUGAAUUAUUGAAACCUGUGAAACAACUGCAAUGAAGAGCUGUGUUCUGUUUGGUGUCGUCCUUGUGGCACUUUUGGCUGUUGCUCAAGCAGCUCCUUCCAAGGGCUCUACGAAGGCCUCUCUGAAGAAGAAACCCUGCCUCAAAGAUUGCUCGACCAUCGAGUAUAAACCGGUCUGCGGUGGAGAUGGCACUGGAAAGGGCAACAAAAGUUUCGGAAGUGAAUGCGUUCUUGGCAACUACAAUUGCGAGAACGCACAAAAUCUGAAGGUUGUCAGUACUGGAGAAUGCCCUGGAGGCGGUGGAGUGCGUUUACAGUAAAAUUAAUUUCACAAUGAAUAUCAUUAUCUACUUACUUGAUACCCAUGAAAUGUAUCCAAUCAUGAUAACGCAUAAUAAACCCCGAAUGUUUAAAUUCA